GCUCUCACCAGUCACCCGCAGCUCCAUCCUCUUCUCCACUAGCAGGAAUCCAAUUACGAUGAUGCCGGCUGAUGUUCCAGAAACCGCGAAGAACAAGGUGUCUCUGCUGGAGGCCGCCCGCAGCCGCUAUGAGAGCCUGCAGAUCUCCGACGACCUCUUCGGGGACUCUGAGGACAGCAGUGGCAAUCCGUUCUACACCACGUCCCCGGAUUCAUCUGCUGAGGCGAGCUCCUCCGAGGAAGAUGAUGCUGCAGAAAAGCCAGCAAGCUAUCCGCCAGGAGAUCGGCCGGACAUGGCCGGUGACAUGAGGCCUGACAUGAGGAGAGAUCCAGCCCAAGACGUCGUCCACCCUUGUGACAAGGAGCAGGAAGGUGGACAGGGGACUAUGUGUGAUGCUGGCUGCCAGAGGACGCCCGGAGACGCCGUGGAUGAUGAGGAUGGCUGGUCCUCCACCCUUCAGCAUGUACCCAGCCCUAGAUUCAAGGAGACUACUGGGCCUACCCGCAUAAUGCCAUCCAACUCCAGUGCAAUAGAUUUUUUUCAACUGUUUGUCCCUGAUAAUGUGAUUAAAAGCAUGGUGACUCAGACCAAUAUGUAUGCUAAGAAGUUCCAAGAAAGAUUUGGAUAUGAUGACGCAUGGAUAGAUGUCACUCUUGCUGAAAUGAAAGCAUUUCUGGGCUACAUGAUAUCAACUAGUACCCAUCAUUGUGAAUCUGUGCUCAGCAUAUGGAGUGGUGGAUUUUAUAGCAACAAGAGCAUUUCACUUGUUAUGACACAAUCCCGAUUUGAGAAAAUUCUUAAAUUCUUCCAUAUUGUGGCUUUCCGCUCUAGCCAGACUACCCAUGGACUUUACAAGAUUCAACCCUUCCUUAACUCUUUGCAGAAUAGUUUUGAUUCCUCUUUCAGACCUUCGCAAACACAGGUGCUUCACGAGCCGUUAAUUGAUGAAGAUCCAGCAUUUAUUGCCUCUUGUACAGAGCGAGAAUUACGGAAAAGGAAGAAGAGAAAAUUCACUCUGUGGGUGAGGCAGUGUUCUUCAACAGGGUUCAUUUCUCAGAUAUUUGUUCAUUUGAAGGAAGGAAGUGGUACAGAUGGUCUUGACACAUUGAAAAACAAGCCACAACUGCACAGUAUUGUAGCCAAGAACUUAUGUCAGUAUUCCUGUGGAAAGAAUUACAUCAUAUUUACGGGCCCAAGUAUUACAAGCUUGAAUUUAUUUGAAGAAUUUGAAAAACAAGAUAUUUACUGCUGUGGGCUGCUGAGCUCCCGUAAAAGUGACUGUACCGGAUUACCACUAUCAAUGAUGAGUAACCCAGAAGUACCACUGGCUCGAGGACAAUAUAGAAUCAAGAUGAAGGGGAAAAUGUCUCUUAUUUGUUGGUACAAUAAAGGACACUUUCGUUUUUUGAAUAAUGCAUACUCUCCUAUUCAGCAGGGCAUCAUCAUAAAAAGAAAAAGUGAGAUCCCAUGUCCAUUGGCAGUUGAAGCUUUCGCUGCUCAUCUCAGCUACAUCUGUAAAUAUGAUGAUAAGUAUAGCAAAUACUUUAUUUCACACAAGGCAAACAAAACAUGGCAGCAAGUAUUUUGGUAUUCUUUAAGCAUUGCAAUAAAUAAUGCAUACAUCCUCUACAAAAUGUCUGAUGCUUACCGUGAUAAACGCUAUAGUCGUGCUCAUUUUGGCGACAGACUCGUUCGAGAGUUGCUUGGUUUGGAGGAAACUUCAUCUCAAGAUUGAUGGCUCCAGUCUUACAGGUGUUUGAAGCAGAACUGGAAACCGCUGCUCGAUGACUGAAUGAAGAAGUCUGGUUGUUAUGAAAUAAAGAACCCAAGCAAAGAAAAUGUUUGAUUGUAUGCUUUUAGCCACUGGUGCAUGUAUUUACCCACAAGGACGAUAGCAAAUACAUCAACUUGAUAUAAAUUGUUCACAAAAACAUCAAAAUUUUUAGACACUUUGGGGGACAUUUCAUAUCACGUUUAAGUCUGGUUUUGCAUUGUGUGGUUGCACCAAAUUUGUGAAAUGGCACACAGCAAUAAUUGGUGUGAGUGCAAUGUGGUUUACAGUUAUAUGUGUAAAAGUAGACCAGGAGGUCGCCUGGCGUAGGUUGCUACUUUUUUGGGACUUUUGAAAAAGUCUCACAUAGUAAAUGUGCCAUAAUCCAUUUGUAAUCUCACGUUUAGCUCUUAAACAUAGACCACAUUAAAAAGUGGUAAGGAAAAUCAAAUGUUGCAAAAAUUGACAAACUAUCACAGAAAAUGGCACAGUUGCCAUAACGUGACUUUUUUAAGCCACAAAACGAACAUAAAUGCCAGCCCUAUUUUUUUUCUGCUGACUACAUUGAUAGAGCCCCGUCUACGUUUGAAUAUAAAUACAAUAAAAAAAAGUUGAGUACGCCCUCUUGCACACAAAAGUAUAUGCUUUCCGUUCCGUUUUUUUUGUGCACCAUAUACAGAA